UGCCAAUUUCAUGGUCCCCCUAAUAGUUUGCGCCUUUCACGGAAUUUAGUGCGCGAGCUUCAUCCAUGGAUUUUCAACUGUUUAGUGCUAAUCCUGGCGCUCCGAACGGAUUUCUGAAAUGGCUCACCAAUCAAGCACAAGCUUUUCGAGGAGUAUGUUGCGCAUGCUGCCGUGUUGCGUCAGUGAAUCGACCAUAGUAAGUAUGGUGCGUACCCUGGUCAUAGACCUACGUAUUCUUAUCCAUGGUUUGAUGGCUAUGGUGCUUUGAUACCUCAGGUGCGCUCUGAAGGUGAUGUUACGGUAUAUAUUCUUGCUUUUCUCCUCGGAUUCUUUAUUCAUCAUAACAUAAACAUUCUUAUUUGCUCGUAUCAAGUCAAAAAACUCAAACACACGGUAAUCACAAGAUCGAAUCCAGAAUAGGAUCCUCCCUUAAAGAUGGCCAGGCCCAGCCCGAAAUCUUUACAUACCCGAUCAGUCAAGUCAACAAACAGUAAAUCUAAAGGCACGAAAGGUUCAGCCCCAGACAUCCCAUCAGAUACUUCAGCAGCUAUACCGGCUGUGGGACUACACAGUACAGCUAAGCCGGUCAAACGGCGAGCAAUCUCCGUCGCUGAAUGGAGCAAAUUACGAGCUGCGAAGUUGGCAGAGCGUAAAUCUGAAGUUCUGUCAGCUGUAGAGCCGCAGAAUACGCCUCUCCCACUCACACGACCAUCAAUCUCUGUUGAUAGACGUAACGUUUUACGGCCGGCCGGACGUGCGAAUGGUCGUUCUAUUGAGCUCGAACGAUCACAUGUUGGGUAUAUAGAAGAGCAGGAAGGAGAGAGGUACGAGACCGACUCUGACGCGUCUGAGGAUGAAAGUCGCGUUGAGGAUAAGGAUAUGGACGGCCUCACAUUUAACCAGCGGCAAAUCCUCUACUUUCGAUGUCUUACAUACGAAGAGAAGAGACAACGCCUGAUACAGUGGGGAGUCCCUUGGUCAAGCUCUUGGUGGCGCAGGAUAUACCAAGUGGACGUGGCAUCCCAAGCUCCUAGCGGCAUACAGCCUAGCUAA